AUGUCGAGGCGCACAAUCGGCGGCGGAAGAGUGCUGGGUAGUGGGAAAGGCAUCUCAUCCGCCGCAUCCGCCUCACAGUCCAAGUCGCCGCUGAACGUGCCGAACCAUGUCGUCUCUCCUGCCGCCUCGAGCCUGUCACUCGACUCUCCUGCCCCGACCGCAGGCAGCUCGACGCCUCCCUCGAACGAGUCACAGGAUGCGACUUCCCGGCUAUCCAUCGAGCAUGGCCCAAGGGACUUGUCAGUGGCAGCCACUGCAGCAGGCGACCGCCUGGUCUGCCCAAUCUGCAACGAGGAGAUGAUGACGCUGCUACAAUUGAACCGCCAUCUGGAUGAUGCACACAAGGAGAUUGAGCAGGAAGAACAAGAGGAGGUUGCGGACUGGUUCAAGCAGCAGAUGAUCAAGGCGAAGAAGUUCCAGCCGCUGGCCGUACUCAACCAGAAGUUGAAAGGUCUCGAUGUCUUUGAGUCGAAUAACGAUAUUGCACGGACUUCUACGCCUACGCCGCGGGCGGACCAUGCCUCUUCUACAGGCAGGGAUGGGACUGUCUCUGCGCCGCCGGCUCCCAUGCCGCCGAAGAAGGAGACUAUUGACCCUGACGAGGUAGUCAGGAAGGACCACUGGCAACGUCGGUCUGGCUACGAUGUCUGCUCAGACCCGACUUGUGGGAAGCGCCUGGGCUCGACGUCGAAUGGUAUUGUCAAUUGUCGAUGCUGUGGCAAACUAUUCUGCGACGAGCAUACCAUGUAUCAGAUGAAAUUGUCGAGAUCGGCACAGCACGAGCCAGUGAGAGGGUUCUGGUUGAGAGUGUGUGAGACAUGUUACAAGAGCCGGCCUGGCUAUAACGACCGACAUGGUCUCGAAAGGGAUCACACCAGCGCCUUCACGCGAAUGCGACAGGAGAGGAUAGACAAGCAGACCAUGGAAGUAUCUCGCUUGGAGAAGCGUCUGACUCGGCUGACACAAUUGAUGGCGAAUCCGCCGGAGGAGGUCCAAGUAGCCAGCAAGAGAUGGUCCUUGUCCUGGGGUCAGAACGAUCCCCGGAAAGCUCUGGAGCAGAGUGUUGUAUCCUGGCAAAACGACGCCGAAGUCGCUCGAUGUCCUUACUGCCAGCAGGAGUUCUCGCAAUACACGUUUCGGAGGCAUCACUGCCGGACUUGUGGCAAGGUCGUAUGCGGUGAUCCUGUCACUGGCUGCUCUACGAUCUUGCCACUGGAUGUAGCCACGACUAAUUCAGUCCUCGUGCCAACAGAGAAGCCGAACGGCCCAGCAACUAUACCUGUCGACGUCCGCCUCUGCAAAGAGUGCCAUAACACGCUAUUCGCUGGCCGAGACUUCCAAGCAUCUCUUGCAGAUCCAGCCAUCACAGCUUUCACCCGAUCAUAUUCGAAUCUCCUUCAGUUCGAGCGUGGCAUCAGACUCCUGCUACCCAAAUUCCAGAAACUUCUCCAAGCCCUCCAAGACCCAGAAUCACCACCGACCUCGACCCAAAUAGCAGAGGCAUCUCGUACACGCAAACGUUUGAUGGACGCCUUCACCCAAUACGACGUCGCCGCCCGACGAAUACGAGACAUGCCCUCUCCUAAGCCCACACAACUCAAGCUCCAAAAGGCAAUCUACCAGAACGCCUCACAAUUCCUCCACCUCCACAUGCUACCCCUCAAGACCCUCCCAAAGAUCCUCAAACACGCCACUCCCCACGGCAGCACCUCCAAGACGCCCAACGGCGUCGCCCCUACCACUGCCAGCACCCCCAGCAACCAACACAAACCACCCGGCGCCCUCGCCUCAAUCCAAUUCAACCACAUGCGCCAAGACAGCUCGUCCGCCCUCUCCAUGUCCAGCGUCACUUCCUCACGCAAUCUCGAGCUCGAAGCAGAAGAGAAGUCGCUCCGCGAGCGGCUGAUCGUUCUCGAAGAGCAGAAGUUUAUGGUGCAGGAGAUGGUCGCCGACGCAAACAAGCGGCGGAAAUUUGACGAGGUCGCUGCGUUGGCGGGCAACGUGGAGGAUUUGAGUCGGGAGUGCGAUGAGGUGCAGAAGUUGUUGGAGGGGGUUAGUGGGGGCAUUCGGGGAAUUUAUACUGGUGAGAACGGCUGA